CUCUAGACUCUGAAUUAUUGUUUGAGGAUUUAUCUGCGCAGUUUUCUCUUCCACAGUGUUACUCUUAAAGUAGCACAUGGUGAAGGAAGGAUUGCCCCACAUGAGUAUUCCAAAAGUAGAAGACCACUCGAGCUCUGACAAAUGGACUGCGCUUGAAGCUGCGGUUGCAGAUUUGGUCCCAGAUUUCGGACGAAGGACCGGAAUUUCCGACACACAGAAGACAGAUAUUGCUGGUGGCUCAAAAAUCGAAGACCAUGUGGUCUUCAAAAGAGGUAGAGGCAGACCAAAAGGCUCGAAAAAUAAACCCAAACUGAAGGCGCCGUCACCUCUCUGGAGUUGGCCGUUCAGUGGAAGCGAUCUUGGUUCCAGCUGCAAUAUCCACUCGCUGAUAAUACAGCGCGGACACGACGUGAUCCAGUCUAUCGUCAAUCAAGCGAGCGCAUUUAUCCAGAACGGAGGAGGGUUGUACGUGGCCGGGGCUCAGGGUAUGCUCGCAGUGCUGACUCUUGAAGACCCAGUCCAAAACAGGCGAACGCUGAUUGGUGCAUGGAAUAUUAUUUCCUUUUCAGGGCUUCUGAGUGCAACUACAUCUCCAGGACAAAUCUCCAUGACAGUGAUCUGCCCUCCAGACCAGGCUUGCUGUGGAACCGUGGUUGGAGAUUUCCAGCCACUCAGUGAUUUCAUUACUGUCCAGGUGAUUUCGUACCUCGGCCCUCCCUGCUCAUCUGGCCAGGCCCAGAUGUGAUGUGUGAUGUAAGUGACAUGACAAGCGCAGUAGACUGUUGUCCUACAGAAGUGUUCAGGAUUUUAGCCUUCUGUUGUGAGACUCGCCGAGAUAGACUAUUUUAUAUAAUUCAUAUUUAGUAAUAGUGAACCUUGAGCUUCAAUAAGGAAGAAACUUCUAAGCUCUUGAACUCUAUCAACUAGUAUUUUGUCACUUUUACAUUGUCAUGA